UCCUCCUCCUCCUCCUCUUCUUCUUCUUCUUCUUAUUCUUGCAAGAUGCUGCUUGUGUUACUGUUUUUGAUCAGUUUUUGCAUUGUGCCAGUGGUGGGUGGCCGGAAUGAUAGUGCUUCUGCGGCGGCGGCGGCGGCGGCGGCGGUGGAGGUUCAUGUAGGGUUGAUUCAUGACUCAAGCAGCAUCAUUGGGAAGAUGGCCAAGACAUCCAUAUCCAUGGGGCUUGAAGAUUUCUACUCCAUUCACCCUAAUUAUUCCACAAGGCUUGUUCUUCACCCCAGAGAUUCCAAGGGCGAUGUUGUUCGGGCUGCUUCUGCUGCUAUAGAUCUACUCAAGAACAUGCAAGUACAAGCAAUAUUAGGUCCACAAACAUCCACACAGGCAAAUUUUGUGAUUCGUAUAGGAAACAAAACUCAAGUUCCCAUAAUUUCUCAGGCUACCAGUCCUACCCUAUCACCAAAAGAAAAUCCAUAUUUCAUCCGGACGGCAACCAUAGGGUCCUCUCAUGUUGAAGCCUUGGCAUCUGUUAUCAAAGCUUUCAGUUGGAGGGAGGUAGUGUUAAUCUAUGAGGACAGUUGUUAUGGUAGUGGGAUAGUUCCCCACUUUAUUGAUGCUCUAAUAUCAAUAAACACUCAAGUUCGUUAUCGAAGUGUCAUUUCUACACUAGCUACAGAUGACCAUAUCUUUCAAGAACUCCACAAGCUCCAGACCAUGCAGACUAGAGUUUUUGUGGUGCAUAUGUUAUUACCUCUAGCUUCUCGACUUUUUUUUAAGGCAAAAGCAAUUGGAAUGAUGAGCGAGGGCUAUGCUUGGAUUACAACAGACGGUCUUACCAGUUUGUUAGAUUUUGUACAUCCUACAAGUAAAGAAGCAAUGCAAGGUGUAAUAGGCAUCAAGCCUUAUGUUCCAUGGUCCAAAGAGCUUGACAGCUUUAAGAAGAGAUGGAGAAAAAGAUUUCUCCAAGAGAAUCCAGAUAUAGAAUCUCAAUGUGAAAUAAAUGCAUAUGGCUUGUGGGCAUAUAGCAGUGUCAAGGCAUUAGCAAUGGCAGUGGAGAAAGCGCGAAUUGCAAAACCAAGAUUUAAGAAACCAAACACCAAUUAUGGACAUAAUUUGACAAACUUGGCUGCAAUUGGAACCUCAAAAUCAGGACCAAAGCUCCUUCAAUCAAUCCGGAACAUGAGAUUUAAUGACUUAAGUGGUGAAUUCAAUCUAAUUGAUGGAGAGUUAGAGUCAUCAACCUUUCAAAUAGUCAAUGUGAUGGGAAAACAAGAUGUGGAAAUUGGACUUUGGACUCCAAAAUAUGGGAUAGAGAACAACCUAAUACCGAGAAACAAGAAUCAUUACACAACCAACAAAGAAGAUCUCAAGGCCAUCAUAUGGCCAGGUGAAUCUAAUGUAGUUCCUAAAGGUUGGGAAAUGCCAAAAGGUGAAAAGAAGUUGAGGGUUGGUGUUCCUGUUAAAGGUGGAUUCUAUGAGUUCAUAAAAGUGGAAAAGGAUCCUAAAACUAACAUUAUCAAUGCCACUGGUUUUUGUGUCGAUGUGUUCAAAGAAAUCAUGGAUCAUUCUCUCCCAUAUGAUGUCCCAUAUGAGUUUAUUCCCUUCCAAGGUCCGAAUGGAGAUAUUGUUGAAAGCUAUGAUAACCUCGUUUACCAAAUCGCUCUUGAUAAAUUUGAUGUUGUUGUGGGUGACGUAACAAUCCUAGCAAAUAGAUCCAAUUUUGUUGAUUUUACAUUACCUUUCAUAGAAUGUGGUGUGGCAAUGAUCGUUCCUAUUGAGGAUAAUGAGCAAAAAAAUGUCUGGAUUUUCAUGAAACCCCUAACAAUGAAUUUGUGGUUAACAAUUGGAUCUUUCUUCAUCUUUAUUGGCUUUGUUAUAUGGGUUCUUGAGCAUCGUGUGAACAAAGAAUUCAGAGGUCCACCGCGCCAACAACUUGGAAUGAUAUUUUGGUUCUCCUUCUCAACUCUAGUGUUUGCCCAUAAGGAGAAGGUAGUCAACAACUUAUCAAGAUUUGUGCUUGUUGUGUGGGUGUUUGUGGUGUUGGUAUUGACAUCAAGUUAUACAGCAAGCUUAACAUCAAUGUUAACUGUAGAAAAGUUACAGCCUAAUGUCACAGAUAUCAAUGAUCUCAUAAAGAAUGGGGACUAUAUCGGGUACCAAGAGGGAUCUUUUGUUGGUGGAUUUUUGAAGGGUUUACGUACUAAUCCUUCCAAGAUCAAGACUUAUGUUAAUUUGCAAGAGUAUGAUGAAGCCCUUUCAAAAGGAAGCAAGAAUGGAGGAGUUGCUGCAAUCGUAGAUGAGCUCCCUUUUUUAAGGCUCGUACUUUCCAAAUAUUGUUCUAAGUAUGUUAUUGUUGGACCAACUUACCAGACCGAAGGUUUUGGCUUUGCAUUUAAGAAGGGAUCCCCCUUGAUACCAGACGUUUCAAGAGCCAUCUUGAGCAUAAAAGAGGGAGAAAAGAUAAACGAAUUUUUAGCUAAAUGGUUUGGCAAAGAGCAACACUGCCCAGGGGAGAAUGGCAUGGCAAUGACUUCUGGAAGGCUUUCCCUCAAUAGUUUCAAGGGACUUUUCCUCAUCGCUACCACCUCUUCCCUUUCUGCCUUCAUCGUAUUCAUGUUUAUCUUUGUACGUGACAACAAAGCCACUCUCGCGUCCACUGACUCCAUUUGGAAGAAGGUUGCUACAAUGGCUAAGAAUUUCGAUGAGCAAAAUGAUGGUUCAUCUAAUGGAUCCAAACGCUCGUCAAUUGCCUCAUCAGAUCAUGGAGGGACGACAGUUCCUACAACAACUAACACAAUUUUCGAUUGCCCUCAAAGUCCAAGUCCAACCACAAGCUAUAUGUUUCACAAUGCUGACGAAAUGUCCUCUCAAGAGGAAGGAUUUUCCACAACACAACCCAGCACACCAAUUCACGAUGGCAUAGUAACUAUCUAAUUUAAUUAUGAACAAGUUUGAUGAAUAUUACAAUCUUAAUUUGUACGUAUUUAUUUAGCAAUAAAUUAGCUAGACUUGCAUAUAUAUAUAUAUAUAUAUAGAAGCUUAAUUAUAAUUAGCUUUAGAGGUUUAUAUAUGUUGUAAAUUUUAGAUUUUAAUUGGUCAAAGAUAUAGAGUGUUUUUGAG